AUGGCAGGUGGUAGAGUAGAAAUCACAAAUAUAGGAGAUGCAGUGAUUUUGAGAAGCUACAAGCUUGAGAAUGGGCUCUUCAAUGGGAAGGUUAUGGGGAUUGGUAAAGAAAAGGAAGGAUUGUACAUACUGCAAGAAAGAAUAAAACCUACAAUUGGAGCAUCAGUGUAUAAGGAUGAUGAUUGUGGAAAGCUAUGGCAUUGGAGACUUGGACAUCCCUCUAUUGGAGCAAUGCAACAUAUUGCAGAUGUCAAAAAUAAACUAGAUAUUGAACAAUUAAGCUGCUGUGAAGUUCGCCCUUUGGCAAAGCAAAGCAGACUAAAGUUUCCUGUUAGUGACAGUAGUUCAAACUGUGUUUUUCAGUUGUUGCAUCUAGAUGUGUGGGGUCCUUACAGAAAACCUACAUAUGAUAAAAGAUAUUAUUUUGUUACCAUAGUAGAUGAUUACAGUAGAUAUACUUGGGUUUGCCUGAUCCAAUCUAAAUGUGAAGUGAUUGUAGUGUUGAAGAACUUCCUUGCCUUAAUAAAGAAUCAAUUUGAUAAAACUGUUAAGAUCCUUAGAUCAGAUAACGGUAGUGAGUUCUUUAACUCAAAGUGUGAUGAACUUUUGUCUUCUUAUGAGUUCAAUACCUAUAAAGUUUUGGGGGAUUGUGUGCGGACUGCUGUAUAUCUGAUCAAUCAACUUCCAUCUAAAGUACUGCAAGGAAAAACACCAUUUGAGCUGCUGCAUGGCAAGCUGCCUCAACUGUCUCAACUAAAAGUUUUUGGAUGUCUUUGCUAUGCUAGCAGGGAUGUUCAGUUCAAGGAAUAUAUAUUUCCUUUUAAAACUGAAGCUGCAGAAGAUUUAAGUGACUUUUUCUUGUUUAAAAACACUACAGAUGCAGGUAUCAUUCAGCCACACACAGGAGAGGCUCACGAUCAAUAUCAACAUAGUGCAGAAUCCCAACUUGAACAUGCAGACACAACUCCACCACUUGAACCUGCAGACACUGUUCCUGUAAUGGACAUUUCAACAGUACCUGAAGAAGCAUUGGACACAGAUGCUGGGAUGGAUCACCAGCAAGACCUUGAAAUCCCCACACCUCCUGAAUCAGAUCAAGCUGAACUACAACCAGUGGAAUUAGAACCUGAAGCAGUCCAACAACAUGAAGAAGGUGGGACUGCUCAUGGCAGGCCAAGCAGAACAAUUAGACCACCAAUUUGGCUCGGUGAUUACAUUACUGCUGGGAAAUCAAAGGCCCACUGCUGCUAUCCUAUAUCCAAGCAUGUCAACUACACUCAUCUUCAUCCCAACUAUCAAGCUUACCUGGGAUCUUUCUCUGUAUCAACUGAGCCUAAGUCAUCCAAAGAAGCUUCUCAAGAUCACAAUUGGAUUUUGGCUAUGCAACAGGAAAUUGAUGCACUGGAAGGGAACAAAACUUAG